AUGCUAAUUUUUAGUUUACCAGUUCGCCUCGACUCAAUUCACGCGCUCACCCCGCUCGUCGUCCACGGCCAACUGAAAAAGGAGCAGCUGGACACUAUCCUCAAAUGUCUUGAUGACGCGAUGCCCGAAACGCGACAAGCCCUCCGGGUUUUGCUGGUCAAGGGCGAUUUUGCAGAUGUGGAAUGCAUUCGGGCCUGCAUUCGAGCGCUGUUGUUAUGUAUGAAGCGCUACCCGCAGGACCGGCAGCAAGUGUACAAAUGUCUCUCGGAUCUUGGGCUACGGCACGCUGUCAUGGUGCAAGCCGUCGUCGUCGAGCUGCUCAACCUGCAUCCGGUUUUGAGCCCGUCGAGCAUCACAUCAACGAUGUGGAAUGUGCAUCUAGCAAAGGCGUUCCUCCUUCUUUCCGCCGCCUCUGCCCAUCAACCGGUACUCUCUCUGCUGCCCUCCUACAUGAUCCGCCACUACAAAUACCUACGGGAAAGCGUUCCCCAUCUGGUCCCUGUCAUUCCGAGCGUCACCGGAGCCGAGCACGCCGAAAUCCAGAAGCGCAUCGAGAGCAUCCGGAAUGAGUGGCAGGGCGAGCGGACACCAAUCCUUGAGCAAACGUUCGAGCGACUUGUCGGCGUCGAGUCCGAGACGGAUCUGAUCACACGAAACAUGCUGCGACGUUGCAUUGCUGAGGACGUGUCAGCAAUCUCGGAAUUCAACGCCUCGCUCGCAGGGGGUGCGCGUCUGAUCGCUUCGCUGACAAACAUUUGUAUUUCUACGGAAGCAUCGAUGCAGCAAAUGCUUUUUGGCGCUGAUGCUUCGGCUACGGAACGAUUGAUUGAAAAGGAGCUCUCUGAUGUUCUCGCCGCUCGCUCGCAGUUUGAUGGCGUCCCGGCCAACAUCUUCUCCUUUUUGUUAGAAUGCGCCCUCCACCUGAUGAUCAUUCGGCUGAUAAUGAGGGUGGUGACACAGCCGGAGAACGCGUUACACUACCUAGGACAACUACGCGAGAUUUUGGGACAAGUGGCAAGCCGCUAUAAGAAGGCCAAGCUCGAGAUGAGCGCAUCGGCAAAGGCGCUGCUCACCGAGGCGGGAGAAAUUUGCGGUGGUCCCGAAAAAGAACAGCUCUCAUCGCUCGGUCGUCUUUCUCAAAUCCUGGCCCGUCAUCCGCCACGCCUACCCCCGCAACUGCCAGACGCCAAAAAUAUCAAAGUCAAAUGGGCCAAUAUCAUCGAGCCAAGAGCCGAACGCGAGGCAGACCUGGCCCUCCGAUUUGUGGCUGGCUUGCCGAGCGCCAUCCCGUUCAACGUCGAGCUGCACAACUUGGACCAGAAGGACAUUGAGCGGCUGAGGAUUCAGAUUACCUACCCCGAUCUAACGGAGACGUUGUUCCGGCCCCGUCUCUCUCAUUUGAGUACAGUGUCACCCGGGAUGUACAAGCUCGAAACACAAGUUCUCGUCUCGACGUUGUUGGGGUGGGCGGAUCCGGCUGAUGUACGCUUAACCGUGGCGCUGGCCCCGCCUCGCCUCGAUCAAUCGUCAAUCUUCCCGCAGAAUUGUAUCCCGCUGUUCGCGCACCCUGGACGCGCAGAUGAGGCGUCGGUGCUUGUGAAGAUACACCCGAUGCGCGGCCGUUGC